UGGCAGAGGCGACUAGGAGCAAAAACUCUAGGCCCAGAGCCCCGGGGGGUGCGGAUCCAGAGGAAGGGUCCUCUAGAGCGAUUUCCCCUGCUCCCAGAGGCAGAUCCCCAUCUAGGAGGGACAAAGCCAGGGCACCCAGGAAUCCAUCCCCCAGGAGGGAAACCAGAGCAACCAAGGCCUCGGCCUGGGACUACAGGGCAACCAUCAGCCCUUCCCCCCCCCAGAUCUCGCUCCCCACGCAGGGCCUCUGCCCGGGCUGUACGCAGAUCUCCAUCCCCAGCCUCUCCAGGGGGAUCUCUGAGAAGGCACAGCUCUCUUUCUCCUCCUCUCUCCCCUGCUCCCCUACUGGAUUCGAGAGCGGAUCCCUUUGGCCGCAGAGCAGCCAGCCCAGCCCGGCCUCGCCUAGCACCUCUAUCCCCUGAACCCAGGGAAUAUUCCCAACCACCAGAGCUUCAGCCUCAGCUGCCUGAUCUAACCAGCAGCUUUCAGGACAUGUUUGCCAGAGCUUUGGCCCAGGUUAUGGCUUCUAGCUUAACUCAGCAGCCACAGGCUCCCAGGAGCAGGGCCCCCCAGGAUCCCCCCAGAGGGCUGAGCGAUCGCCCUAGCACCUUGGCUGCAAGGGAAGCCAGGUCUCCCUCCCCAUCCACGGCUAGUGAGGCAUCCGACCUCGAGGAAGGGGAACUAAAGGAUGUGGGGUUUUCGGAGGAUGAGGUCCCCCAGGGGGAGGAGGAUUCCACCGUAGCGGGACUUUUCCCCCCCUCCUUGUUCAGCUCCCUUUUACGCAAGGCAGUAGCCACAGCUGAUCUGGAUCCACCCUCGGAUCCCCAACCCGCAGCUGAGUCCUCGGGCAAGGGCAAAAGCAAGAAGAAGAAAGGGCCCUUCCAUAGGCCCCCCGUAGCUAAGGAAGAAAUCCCCACCCCAGAUAUGUUUAUGGAGGUGCUCAAAUCUCAGUGGGUAAAGCCAGGGUCUUUUCCAACC